AUGGCGGACGACCUCUCGCAGCUUACGCAACUCACGGCCACCACGCAGACGACGAACACGAUCACCAAGGCCCAGCGGGAGGAGGUCGAGGCCCUGUUCAACCUGGUGGACACGGACGGGUCGGGCGAGAUCGACGAGGACGAGCUCGAGGAGCUCUUCGCGCUCGUCGGCGUCGACGUGUCGCCCGAGGAGAUCUCGGAGGUCAUGCGCGAGGCCGACGCCGACGGCUCCGGCGAGAUCGACCGCGAGGAGUUCGCCGAGGUCAUGCUCGCGCUGCCGCCGUGCCGCCACUCGCCCAACGAGGUGCUGCGGUGCUUCCGGCUGCUGGCCGGGCCGCGCGCGCCGCGCAACGGGCGCAUGGAGCACGCCCAGCUAAUCCACGCCCUCGUCAACCUCGGCAGGGGCCGCUGCGCGCCCGCGGAAGCCAAGGCCCUGGCGGAGCAGCUCAAACCGCGCAAGGACGGGACGGUCGCCUACGCGCGCUUUCUGGCGAACACGAUGCGCCACUCCGGCGCGGCGGAGGCGGCGGCGGGCGAGGCGGACGCGGGGGGCGCGGCGGCGGGCGCCGCGUCGCCCGGCGCCGCGCCCGGGCGGCGCGCGGCGGCGCCGGGGUCGCCCACCGCGCGCCGCCCGCGGUCCCGCGCGCGGCCACUGACGGCGCCCGCCGCCCUCUCCCGGCGGCCGGCGCGCGAGGUCCGGGACGUGGCGGUCCUGGACCGGCUUCGUCAGAAGAAUAUGCGGACCGAGGGCGCCGCCCUCGUGCCACAGUACAGCGCGCCCGUGACUAAGCUGCCGGGUUAG